UGCCAGCUUUGAUCUUUACCGCGUGAAACAAUCAGCGUUGAGUUCAGUUUCAACGAGCUAUCGACGAGCACGGAUCGUGUAUUUACUCUUGACAACCUAGAAGUCUCUGGGAGCUUGAAUAUUCCGAACAGCGCGCGCUACGUAAAGAUUCACUGACAUGGCUAAACCAGUGGAACACGUCAAACGCCCCAUGAACGCUUUUAUGGUUUGGUCCCGAGAAGAGAGGCGAAAAAUCGCCCAAGACAACCCGAAGAUGCACAAUUCUGAGAUCAGCAAGAGGCUGGGAGCGGAAUGGAAGCAGUUGACAGACGAGGAGAAAAAACCGUUCGUCGAGGAAGCGAAGCAUCUGAGAGCGCAACACAUGAAGGAGCAUCCAGACUACAAGUACAGACCUCGGAGAAAACCCAAAUCACUGCUCAAGAAAGUGGAUCGCUAUCCAUUCCCUCUGCCGUGUUUACCAACUUCUGACGAAUUGCUGAAGUGCAGUCCGCCUGGUAUUCCGACAACGUCUUUCGUGACUGAUCCUUACUCGACCACCGUGAACGGCAAGACGCGAUCGUUCCUGCCCGUAUCAUCAGGGUACACUUACGACUCAAGUUCUGGGCACUCCAUUACCACAUCAAGAUUUGACCGCGGACUAGAGAUUCCAAGUGCUGUACGCCCCGAUAUGCUGACGGGUGGGCAAAUGUACCCACAUUCACUGUACCCAAGCGCUCCAACCACAAGUUCUCCGCUUCUGAACGCCUCUGGAAUGCCCGUACUUCCUGGGAGCCAACUCAGCCCCCAUUCCCAUCUUCACGCCGUUCAAGGGGCUAACGGACAGUACACUGUCCCCUGUAACUGUACGUCGUGGCAAGGACAAGAUGUUCGUAGGCCCGUGGCCUAUCUACUCCUUUAGCUCAAGUAACUGACUCUUAAAUCUAUUUAUCACAAUGAAACUAUUUAUGUAUAAUACAGCAACUAACUGGUGUAAAUUAUUCUUAUCGAGCAAGCAAGAAUUUUACUAUCCCGUGCGAGUUUCAAGCGAGUUUUUUUUCUGGGUUCACUGAUCGCCGACGAAAACAUUUCACAGCGUGGAGAUGUUGAGUAGUUCAGACGAACAAAUUUCUGACCACAUAAACCGUUGCUUGCUCGCGGCGCGUCAGAAUUUGUAUAUUAUAAGGCUAAAUGUGUGAAUAUUUGAAUAUUGAAAUAAUUCUCAAUCGACCUCAUUUCAAGGGUUAGUUGCUUAAAGGACAUUCUUCAAUUUUCCGACUCGGUUCGCCAGUUCCAGAGCGAUUCUAAAUGGUCCGCUCGAGCGCUAUUUACAAGAGCGAAUUUCACUUGUAAUUUAAAUUUGACAAAACUAACCCAAAGUUUUCACCGAUCUGUCACAUUAAAAUUAGCAUUGAAUGUAAUUUGUUGUCAGCUUUUGUUGUCUCAGUUGGGUUUAUUUGACACUAGCCUUCACGGUGAAGGACGAAAAAAUACCGUUACCAUCGUAAAUUUUCCCUUGUCACUAGUUGGCAAGCCUUUCCUCCCGACUAUACGUGGCUACUGCGUUCGUUUACAUCCUUUGUGUUUAGGUGUAAACUAUGUGUGUGUGGUUUGAAAGAGCAAAUAGUUUUGGUGCUCAGUCAGAGGAAACAAUCUACGGAUAACAAGCAUUUAAACGCGGCAACUAAGGGCUAAACACACAAAAUUUGGCGAGAGAAAGUUUGCGUAUGGGAAGCACACUUUCUUCGGGGUUUCCUUCGAGUUCAAAGAAGGUGAAUUUGUAUAAUAAUUACAGAAACCCUAAACAGAUGGCGUCCCGCGAAGAAAAUUAUUUCCUUCAAAUGCAUCUUUGAACGGAAGCAUCUGUAAUCUUAUUGCUGCUUAGAAAGCCUUACAAAAAACUCCCCCUUCCAUCGAUUUAGGUUGGCAUCCCGUCGUUUCAGUGAAAAACACAGCUGUAAAAAACCGUGGACAGAACCUCCGCGGCAAGUCAUUGUAAAUCUUGCUUUCGCAUAUUGAUAAUUGUAUAAAAGAAACAGAGAGACAAGGGUCGGGAAUAACAACAUAAUAAAAAAUACAUGAGGAGUUGAAUGAAAGAGAUGACAUAAAUAAAUAAAUGGACGAUCAAGACGAGAUAAAAUGAAUAACAAAGGUGAGUGAAUUACAAUUGCCUUAAUACUAAUAUCUCCAUAACAAUAGAUUACAUCCACAAAAUACAAUCAAUGAAUAGCGGCACAAUGAGGGAAUCGGUAAAUAAGAGAAAAGCAGGAAUGAAUGGCACGGCUUUCGGAAUAAGCGAGGCUGUGAUGAAAUGGCUCGAAUGGGUAUUACAUGUUUGUAGACGCUUAAAGAACGCGGCAGGCCACACAAUCAGUUCAAAGAGGCUACCGCUUAGAGCGCGCCUUAAACAAACACGGAAAGAAAGGGGGUCGAAUAGGCCAUAAUCGAGCCUAUUCUAAUCGUCUUUUAAGCCAUUGAAAAAGGGAAUCGCGAGAAAUAUUUUGCGUUGAUUCGCGAAAAACCUGAGCAAAAAAGGCCUCCAGUACAAAAUCGCACGGAUUACAUUAGCGCGUGAAGGCAGAUGGUGAGACAGCGACGGGUCUUUGUAAACUCGGUGCGACAUUUAUUGGGCUUAAAGAGGCUAUGCAAGUGACAAAAAUCAAAGCUUUCAAUUAUGGCCAUUGUCUUUGUUUUAUAAAACACAGGGAUUGUUUGUAAAAUGUGUUCGAAAUGAUCUGUUUGCCGAUUUACGAGAGCGUUUGAUUUCGGUGAGUUUCGUCGAUUUUUCCCUUUUUGGGCGCGCGACUUUUUUUUUUUCUGAUGGUUUCCGCGGGAAAACUUUCACGUUAAACGUUGGCUGUCGCGAACGUGACAACGCGGGAGCGUGUGGCGUUUUUCGUCAAACAAGUUUCCCUUAUAUAUAGUAAUAGCCCAGUCAUUAGCUGUCAAUGUGUCUUUUUCGGCACUUGAAUUUAAGAAAACAUAAUCUUUAAUCCCACGCUCGGAGGUGUGAGCCAGAGAAAGCGAUAUCCAUAAUCGAUCAGUGUUGUUUGCCGAGCGAUCUCAGUUCUUUGGUAAAAAACACUCCAGUUUUAUCGCUCCUCUUAAGAUAAUCAACACCGACAAGAAUUGUACCUCUGGGCAAGGAAAUGGAAAAUACAAAUUUGCUUUACACCGACAUUUGUCAGUAGAAUUUUCCACUUUUUUUUUUCUUCUUUCUCUUAAUUGUUUAGCCUUGAAGAUCAUCAACACCUUACCAACGGGGUUGCCAAAACUGUUCGCCCCGAAAUUACAGCAUUAUAUUUGGUGACCUGUGCUUAGUUGUUUUCAAUUCUGCCUCCCGCUGAAAUAAAUGGAAAAAGAAGAGUACUUAUUGCAAACAACGCCAAAUAGCUUUGAUUGCCUUUCAAUGCCUCGGUAAGCGGCCGGUAAGCGGCCUUCAGCGUCGCGAGUUUUUAAAAAUUCGUGAACGCUGUGAUUUUUCCACGGUAAUUACAACGUUAACUUUGUCUAAGCGGUUUUUUGAUCUGUUCGUGCGACAUGGAGAAAAAUCAUCAUAAUAAAAGGGGUCCUCCUUUAUGACUAAAAACGCACGGAAAACAUGCUAGAAGAAAUUUUAAAAAAGUCAAGACGAACGAUGGGCUGAACGCGUGAUUUGUGGACUUGGCCGCUUGACUACAAGUUUUUCGCCUAUUGAGGCGACCGUAGACCUUUUCUAAUCGCUGUUUUAAAAGCUCGCUUGGUGAAAACUGUACUUCUGUCAAGGCCGCCUGUAGUGUUUGUACUUAAUUACUGGCCAAACAAAGAGUCGAAACACAGGUUUUAAGUUUUCGAAAACUAUUACAAUUAUUCAAUUGCAUUGAACGCCGAGACAAAGAGAGCGUCAAAGCUAAAAGUUUUGAUUCAUUAGGGCCGACGUGAAAUUGAGCCUAGAAAGAACCGAAGCCAAAUAAGUCAUUAUAAGAAAAUAAUGGGUUGAUGAGCGAGUGGCUGGCAUAAAUAUAACCCCGUAUUAUUUAUUAAUGCAAAUGUUUAAACUAAAAUGAAAACUUUCAUUACGAAGGGAUGUUUCUGGAAUAAUGAAUGCCGUUAAGUCGCAUUUUAUCGAGGAAGACAGCAGAUUCUAAAGUGGAUUUACACUCGUCAUUCGCCAAUCCAAACAAGAUCUUUGAAUAUUCGGCAAGUGUAUCGAUUUCAAGUGCGUUUCG